AUGGGCGCUGCGGGCGUGGCCGGCAGGAGCGCACCCAACUGGGCGCCGGAGCAAGGGGAGGGGGGUGCCAGUGGCCAGGGGCGGCCGGAGUCAGGCGCGGCGAAGGCCAGCGGGCGCGGGACGCGGCCGGUGCGGCGCAUCCGCGGCGGCGCGGGCGGCACCGGAGCGGGGCACGGGGAGCGGCGGCCGGUGGCGGCCAACGGCGGGCGGGCCCGGCGCAGAGAGCUCGCACGGGAGCGGCCUGGGGGCGAGGGUGGCCACAGGCAGGCGUGGCAGUGCGCGCGCGUGCGGGCGGGAGAGACGGGGCGCGGGGGCGCGGCCAUGUGCGCGUUCAGGGGCGCCGGGGCGCGGGUGAGGACGGCGUCGUGGCGUCCGCGAGCGGCGUGCGGUCGCCACGGCGGGCGGCAAGACACAAAUAUCCAUCUCUACAAACAUUGA